ACUGGAAGUUUAGUAGAAGACUCUUCAGUUCUUUGUAUAUUAUCAGGGAAACAGAACAGAUCGAUUAUUUAAUCCGAAAACAAAAUUAUCAAAACCGAAUAAAAUAUCAACUUAUCGCCGAAUCAGUCGAUUUCUGAAAACUUUAAUUGGACCUCUAGUUUCUGAUCUACCGAUUUUUGCUUUUUUGUGAACAUGCUUGGACGGUUGAUUUCUGUUCUGAUUUGCUUGCAUUAUGGUUAUUUCGUUCAACUGACUGAAGGUUUGAUGGAUUCACUCGAUGAUUCAGGAUCACAUUUCUCACCGUUUCACCCUGAAUUAUUUUACGACACUAAUGUUCUUCCGCAAAAUGUGGAGAUGACUGUCUUCGUUUUUAAGGAUGAAGUAAAACGAUUGUACAUACUCAUCGACCGUGAUUUCAGCCCUCUACAUUUGUCAAUAUCCCCCUGUUCAGCUGCCAUAACUUGGAACUUAUAUUUACGGCAACCAUUUAUUCCUAUUAGGACAGGAAAAAAUGAGCAUAAAAACAACAGACAUAAUGAAAGAAUUGAAAACAGUUUUGUUUACCAGUUUCCAAAAAUUAGUGGCGGAGGACAAAAGUCUGAUACAGUGAAGUUUCUCACGAGAUACGCUGGAGUGUACGUAUUAACCCUUAAAUCCCAUGUGCGAGACACUUCGGUACGCGUGUACGUUUCCUCUAGUCAGAAAUAUUUCAGUGUGAGACUUCCCAAAAGACCUUCAGUAACAGUCACUCAUGUUUCAACAAAUAGUGUCACGUUGCAUUGGACUCAUAGUACUUACGAAAGCACAAAACACGGAAAGAUUGAGUACUGCAUAGCGGUAAACCCUCGACAAAAUUAUAAGACUCUUUGCUCUGUUCAAGCAGCAAUGCACGGAGAUAUUCCGCCUCGACCACCUCGAUGGACUGGGUUUGGCUUUCGAUGGGAAAGAAACGCGAGAAAAAGUCUUUGGAGAAGAAUUAAGGAGAUUAGAGAAAGAAUGGAUAUCAAAUCAGAUAUACAAUACACGUGUGUUGGAAGCAAAACAUCUCAUAUAGUUCAAGGGCUCAAAGAAGGAAAAAUUUACUUUUUCGAUGUAUUUGCUGUGGAUCAACAAAGUAAUGCUAGUGCCGCCUACCAAGGAACUAACGCCACCACGAGAGGCUCUAGCAGCAAUGCAAAUCAAAUAGUAGAAAACACCUUAGUUUCUAUCAAGAUGAGCCCAAUAACUGGAUACACGGCAGUAGUUGUUUACACGAUGAAGAAUCAUUCUAGUGCGUUGUACUAUUUUCUUCGUUCGUGUUCGGGACCAGGACCAGUUGUUGUUAACGUCACCUCCACCAGAGGGCUAGACAUUUUAUCUACCAGUUUGAUGGGCACGAAAACAUUUUUUAUACCUAAGGUCCAAGCAGGUAUUUAUGUUUUCAAACUAACCCCUGUAUUUUUAGGAUCACGGCAGGCUGAGAUAUACUUAGCAAACAAUUACAGUAUGUUUCCUUAUCCAUUGUUACCUAAUGACACAGCAGUAGAGAACUUGAGAACGUUAACCACCAGCACUUCAGUCACACUGAAAUGGUCCAAAGUUUUCCUUCAGCCCUUCAUCAGUGAGGAGAAAUUUCAAAUUGAGUACUAUAUCUAUCAAACUACCAUCACCAAAGAUAACAAAGAAAACAUUAAUAUCGUCCCGAACUAUUGUGUUGAAGACACCUGGGGAUCAAAAAGAUGGAGAAGGCGAGUGUUAAUACUUCAACAUCGUAAUAACGAAAGUAAUUUUUUCAUACAGAAAAUUGGUGGUCUUCAGCCUGAUAGUGAAUACCUUUUUCAAAUAGAAGUGAAAAAAACCCCAGGAAGAUCACUCAGCUACGAGCCAGUCUUUGUUGAAACCAAUCCUGAAAAAAUGCGUACUUAAAGUGUAGUAUCAAGAAAAAAAUGUUAUAAACCUAAGAACCGAUUUUUUCAAAGCGAUUACCUAUAAUUGUAUAAAUCAUGACUAAAUAUGUUAAUAUAUACUGUUAUAGCAAAUUUAUAUCAGUAUAUAACAGGUUCGUGUUAAAGAAAAAAAAAGUUAUUUAACGAGUUUAGAUUACAUGUUGAAUUCAAGAAACAGGAUUUCUUUAUGUUUAGAUUACCGACCUAAGAAAGUCGUUUUUGUGCAAACCUAACCCUUUAAGGCAUUAUUUUCGAUGUUAAACAGUGUGAUACCGUUUCUUUUAUCUGAUUAACUAACUGAAUUAGGAUAAUAAGAUAAAAAUAAGAAUUAUCUAAUAUUUUUUCAUAAUGAUUAAUAUUUGAUUCAAUGUCUGAUAUGGAAAACAAGCAGAUUUGUUUACAUAUAGAUUAUUCAAAUGUAUAAUGACAAUUACUGAACAAUGCAAUAUGACCUUUUCUAGAAGACACUCAAAUAAAAUAUAUUUUAUAUGCAAGAAGUUGAAUAAAAUAUUUUACGGUG